AUGUCUGCCUGGACACCAGGAAUGGUCUUUUUUUUAUUUUACACGGACGAGCGCCUGGCGUGCGGUGUGCACGACUUCUUCUUCCUCCUCGACUUCCUUCCAGUACAACCUCUUGACGGCGGCAAGGAAGUCCACGUGCCAGAUUGGGAUGCCUCAUUGCUGCAGGGAUUCUGCAAUCGUGGCUUCUUCGUCAGCGGCCUCAUUGCGUGGGAUACCGCAGUGCGAUGGGGAAAAUAUAAGGUCUGCAGGGUGAACUCGCUUCACCAAGGAGAGCAGCAUAACCCAAAUUUACUCAGUAACGCGGUCACGCAUGGCCAGUGGGGCAACGCGGAGUGCCUCAAUUGCCGACAGGGAGUCCGUCGAUACCAGGACUCGUGUGGGCGAUUGGGAUGUUUCCAGACGAGGAGGUAUGAGACGUAUAAUGCCAUUUUCAAUGGCGGGUCACUCUGCCCUAUAUGA